AUGACGAUGACGAUGACGAUCUCCCGCUCGCCGCCGGAGGGUUUUCCAGGAAGUGGUUGCCCGCCGCUGACGACGGCGAGGGCCGUCGGGCUUGCGGCGUUUGGUAGUCGUUCGCGGCGAUUGUCGUUCGGUUUGGCGAUUGAUAGCAUGGCUAUUAAGACAGCAAGGAGUACUGUGGGUUGGCAACAAAAUUCAGCUGCUCACUAUAAAGCACCAACAAGCCGCAGAAGAGUUUGCACUUUCUGGUUAGCAGGGAAAUGCAACCGGAAUCCUUGUAGGUUUUCACACGAUGCAUCUCUUCCGGGCAAUGUUUACCAUCGAGCUGCAAAGCAGUCGAGUCAUAUGGCUGAGGAUUGCCCUGGGAGGAAGGGCCCUGAAUCUAGUCCAGGUGUUUCUGGGAUAGCAUUUCCUUCCGGAUCUACUAAGCUCUACUCUGGAAGCAAAGACGGAACGGCUAGAAUCUGGGACUGUCACACUGGUCAAUGUGAUCAGGUGAUCAACCUUGGAGGAGAAGUUGGGUGUUUUACUUGUGAAGGUCCUUGGGUGUUUGUUGGCCUGCCUCAUACUGUUAAGGCAUAUAAUAUCCAGAAUGGUGCUAGCUACAAUAUCAGUGGACCAGUUGGACAGGUCCAUGCUCUGGAAGUUGCUAAUGACAUGCUUUUUGCUGGAGCCCAGGAUGGCACUAUCUUGGUGUGGAAAGGAGGUAGUGAGGCUGAUCCUUUUCAGAUGGCUUUGCCUCUCAGGGGUCACACGCAGGGCGUGGUAUCAUUAACUGUUGGGCGCAACCGGUUGUAUUCUGGUUCCAUUGACCAGACCAUAAGGGUGUGGGACUUGCACACUCUGGAGUGUGUUCAGGAACUUGUUGGACACACUGACGUGGUGAUGUCACUUCUUUGCUGGGACCAGUACUUGAUAUCCUGUUCAUUGGAUGCGACAAUUAAGAUCUGGGGGGUUGCCACUGAAGGAGGCAGCUUGGAAGUUGGCUAUACACAUCAUGAGGACCAUGGUAUUCUUGCAUUGUCUGGGACGAUUGAUACACGUGGUAAGCCGGUCCUUCUCUGUGCAUGCCUUGACAACACCGUUCGGUUGUACGAGCUCCCAUCGUUCACCGAAAGGGGCAAGAUAUUCUCAAGACGAGAAGUUAGGACUCUUCAAACGGCUCCUGGAGGCCUAUUCUUCACCGGAGACGCUGCGGGGACACUGACCGUUUGGAACUGGUUGGAUCGUCCAAAGAGCCAAAAAGAGCAGCUUCCUCAACCGAUGGAGUUCAAAUUUCGCAAGGAAGACAAUGUCAUCUAUGCUACGAUGCAACUGGGAUUGUGAUUGAGAGCAAGAAACGGGACGGCUGUAGCUACUUACCGUCUGCCCCGCAAUACCAGUUUUGGGCUGUCUUUUUUGUAUAGACAUUGAUUUUUUUGACAGCAACGGCUGGACUUGUAUAUGAUUCCUGAUUAGUAAUUGAAAUGCCUUUUGCUUGUCGAAUGGAAACCUUGUUUUUCCUU